CCUAGGAUUGGCUAAAAGCACUGCAAGGGAUGUGUUUUUGAGAAUACAGGAGGAAAGUUUUCCUCCAAUCAUAUGAUUUUCACAAAAAGUUAAGGAAAGGGAGAGCCGUGCUUUUCUAAAUAAAUACCACGGGUGUUGCUGCAGAGCGUCAGUUCAAGAAUCUUCUCCGAUUAUUCUUAACCCAGUGAAAAUUAGUAACAGACAGGAUGGCUCUUCCAAGGCAAAGUGGUCUGCGUAAUAUGCGGGAGCGCAUAAGGACGCUGAUAUCUAACGCACCAACUCUAAUGAUGAUGAUGGACCACGCAGCAUGGGCGCUAGACGCCAUAGACUCAUUGCCACCGAUACCUCCAAUGGCUGCGAUGCAAAAUUUGUAUCCUACAGGCAGUCCUAACCAUCCCGUUUCAAGUGCAAGUCCGAGAAGGGGCUCUCGCUCACGUUCGAGUUCAAGCUCGAGUUCCAGCUCGAGUUCAAGCUCGAGUUCCAGCUCGAGUUCAAGCUCAUCGAGCUCGAGUUCAAACUCGAGUUCAAGUGUAAAGUCGAAGAAACGAGGAUCGAGUAGCACGUUUUGGCCGGAAAAAUCGUUGGUCCGUGCGAUUUUGCCUAAACUAGAGCAAAUGAGCAUCGGCAAGAGCAAGAGAAACAGCAACAGUAACAGCAACAGCAACAGCAACAGCAACAGUAACGACAGUGGCAGAAAAAGGAAAGCGGAGGAUAAAGCAGAAGGUCAAAUAAAAAAGCCUUGUGAUGAGAUGAAAAAAUCAGAAAAGCCUUCAACGCAUUCUAAUACGGAAGUCAAGAAAGACGUUAGAGUUCCUCUUUCGGUUUCCUCGCUGUUCAACGCAGGUAAAUUAUAAGUAAAUAUUUUUUUAAAUCAUUUUUUUUUGUAAUAUUAAAAUCAUAAAAUUAACUAUGUUUAUAUUUAUUUUGUUUCAGAUGUAAAAGCGCCUCUUCAUGAUAAUAAGGAUCAUGCCCAUUCGUCAAAGCGAGGCUUGCUGAGGAUGGAUCGCAGCAAGGGGAAGGAAAAUGCACCUGCUCCACCGAAGGCAGCAGCAACGGCAUCUCGAGGGAAAGUAGCACCGUCAUCAUUGCACAAAACAGAGGCAGGUCCAUCCCAACCCAAAAUCCCGCCACGCAUAAUAGAGGAUAUCACGUUCCUC